AGAACGUUCCACAGUUGAUAAGUCCUAAGACUGAGCACGCUCAGUGAAGUUGUUCAGCUCCUGGUCACUCCUCCUCGUCAUCAUCGUCCUCCUCUUCAUCAUCUUCCUCCUGGAGCUCUGAGAGGUCAUGGCAGGCAUCGCUCUCCUACUGCUGCUCGGAGGGACCUUUGUCCUCCAGGGCGUCCCUGCACAGACGAUCAGAGUGCGGCGUCAGAACAUGAAGGUUCGGAUCAACGCCACCGGCGACACCAUCGUGAUGAAGUUUGUGCGUCCGAGUCCGGACGUGAAGCUGGAGGGUUAUAUCCUGGGUUACGGCAGCAGCAUGUUCUCCAAACAGUUCAUCCAGCUGCCUGAGAACGGACAACCGUACGAGACUGAGAUGGACGCUGAGCCCAAGUACCUGGUGGCCGUCCAGCCGAUCCCCGCCAACGACGUGAAGAAACACUGUACAGGGAAGGUGAACCUGGAGAAGCCGCUCCACCUGGUGAUCGGCUCCGUCAGCCCGACGGCGGUGCUGCUGUCCUGGGGGAACUACCUGAAGACGCCGUACGAGGGGAACAUCAUGAACGAGUGUCUGGAGGACGGGUUCUACACCAUUCGCUACAGGGAGAGGAACAGGAAGUGGAUCUAUCAGACCUGCCCAACCAGCGACACGGUGGUCGACAACCUGAAACCCAACACGCCUUACGAGUUUGGCGUCCGGUCCAACAAGGACGACCGCAGCGGGAUGUGGAGCAAACCGAUUAUCCACAACACCAACAUGGGCAAUAAAAAUACACAGAAGCCGUACAAGCUGCGUAACCCCCUUGCGAAGCCGCUGAAACCUCUCGGUCCUCACACCCUCUUCCCUCCUCGCCCCGCUCUUCACAACAGGACCCGCCUCUCUCCUCUGCUCAAAACCUCAGCUUUCCCCGGAGCUCCCCGCACUUCUUUUGACGAAGGAAACGCUGUUAAAAAUGACACCGACCGACCAGCGGAUCGACUUCUUGCCUUCCCCCAACUCCUGCCCACCAAAGCCCCUCCCGCCAACACCACACCCCUCCUUAAAUUACCCUCCAAUGGCGGCUUACUUCAGGGGCAGACUACUAAGGCGCCCUCUCAUGCACCCGAGACGCCUGAUAACCCUGCUGGAUCACCAGCUCGCCCGUCCAUACCCAUCAACAAGAAACCAAACCUGACGGGGAAACCUGGAGAAACAGACAAAGUCAACAACUUUAAGCAGACGGACAAGCUGCCGAUCCUGAAACCCAAAGUCCCGCCGGCAACCGCCAAGCCGACCAAACUCGACCGGAAGCAGACCACAACUGCAGCACCGGCAGUCCCCACCACUCGACAGGAGACCUGGGAGGACUCGGACCUGUUUAAAUCACAGCCAGCCUCUGACGUCGACGCCUUGGGCAAGAAACGUUACACGGCACCUCACGUUGUCUACCAAACGGGCAAGAAACCAGACGAGCCUUGCUCCAUCACCUCCUCCCUCAACUACUUUCCUGAAGACGAACCGGGCGAAGCAAACGUGACAGCUCCACCCAAGUCUCCGCCAUCCAAUCUCACCGUGGUGACGGUGGAAGGAUGCCCAUCCUUUGUCAUCCUGGACUGGGAGAAAACCGACAAUGACACAACCGAGUAUGAAGUCAUCUCCACCACUAAAGGACCCGACGGCGAGCAGGUUUCCAUCCUGACCACCAACCAGACUCACACCGCUGUGGAGAACCUUAAACCCGAGAGCAGUUACGAGUUUAAGGUGAAACCAAAGAACGAGCUGGGUGAAGGUCCUCCCAGUGAGCCGGUGUCCUUCAACACGGAGUCUGCGGAUCCUCGAGUCAGUGAGAAUGUCUCAGGAAAAGACGCCAUCUGGACUCAGUUCCCCUUUAAGACGGACUCGUACUCGGACUGUCACGGUAAACAGUACGUGAAGAGAACCUGGUACAGGAAGUUCGUCGGGAUCCAGCUGUGCAACUCGCUCAGGUACAAGAUCUACCUGAGCGACUCCCUCAACGGUAAAUUCUACAACAUUGGGGAUCAGACAGGCUUCGGGGAGGACCACUGUCAGUUCGUUGAUUCGUUCCUGGAUGGAAGAACGGGCCGGCAGCUCCGAGCAGACCAGCUGCCAUCUAGGCCUGGUUUCUACAGAGCCGUGCGGCAGGAGCCAGUCCACUUUGGCCAGAUAGGAGGACACACCCACAUAAACUACGUCUCAUGGUACGAGUGUGGGACGCCCAUUCCCGGGAAAUGGUAAACGGACUGAGGCUGAGUGAACCCCAGAAGAGGAACCGUCGCCUAGGCUGGGAUGGCAACGGCAGCAGGGGUCCUUAAAGAUCUUCCGGACUUCAUCUUCAUGUUCCACCACCUUACCCAGAGCUGUAAAAACAUGUACAGGACAUACUCGUCAGGGAAUUAGUAACGAGAGAGCAUUUUUAAAUAUAGCAGACAUGCCUCAUCUUUACUAUUUAAACUGGUAGAAGAAGAAGAGGAGGAUACGUGGAGGUCUGGUUCCUCCCUGCGCUGUAGGGGGGAAGCAGACCCACGCUAGAUAUAUUUUAUUUUGUGUAAAAUAAUGGGAAGCUGGCUCCCUGGAAUACUAUUUUCAUAACUUAUUUAUCUUUGAUUACAUUUCUUCCAGAACAGGAAGUGGUCGUCUUCUGUUCCUCUGGUGUCGAUUUUGUUUUCAGCUCAUUUCUGUUCAUUUGCAAGUUGAGCAAAAGGUUUAAAACGUAGGCUAGGUACCAGAACUGGCAGCUGACCAGUAAAACCAGUCCUCUCCCGGCGGCUCCAAUGUGCCUUAAACAAGCCAACCAGUAAACAGUCCGCUGGAUGUGGAGAAUAUGGGCUGCAUGUGGAUAUUUCUCAGAACGUCCACCUAGAACCACCCUAAACGUUAACGCAACAAUAUCAGCGACAUUUUACAAUUUCAGUUUUGUUCAGAUUUUGUUUUGGUCGACUGAUGACAAAGUGCCAAAUGGGCUAACGUUAGCUUUAGCACGUCAUGAAUCUCUGGGGUUUAAUGUGUAAAUUUAUAUCAAUGUAAUAAUAAAAAUACAAUAAACCAUCAGGUCAACACACCAGAUGUGUCGAUCCAGCAUGCCGCGCUGCCUUUAGCCGCCCGGAGGCGUCCUUACUUGCAAUUUGCACAACAAAAAUGUAUUUAUAUGUAUAUGGAGUGAAUGUGUUCAAUACAUUUUGCAGAUGCAUUUCCCUCGCCAUGUCCUUUUGUUUUUUUGUCUUUAAUGUACUAUAACCUUCUCCUUCCUGUUGCCUCGUGCUAAAGUAGGAGUGCGGUAAGCUAACGGUGCAGCAUAAUGGCUAGUAAAUCUAAAAAUAUCUGUAUUUGAACAAAUUAACUUUCUUUUUUUUAACCGACCAAAUCUGAUUUAUGGAAGAAGAAGUAAGAAGAACAUCAAAACUUUAAAUUAUUUGCAUAUGUCAGACACAACUACAGCAGUGGACCAAUGUUUAUUUGUUUAUGUGGCUAUCUGGCUAGCUAGCCGCAAAAAUAUGCAGCUAUAAAAAGUUGAAAAAAUGUCUUUGUUUUACCAAAAUUAUCUUAUUUGUUGGACAGAACUUCUAAACUUUAGGUUUUAUAUUUCAGCACACAUCUAAAGCAGGGUUAGCAAGAACUAACAGACAGUUGUUUCCAUGGCUAACUGGCUAACUAGCCACCAAAACAGGCUACGUGUGUCCAGGGCAGCAGGCUAACUACGUAGUUCAAUGGCUAGAAAAGUCUAAAAUGUCCUCAUUUUCCCCAAAUAUCUGAUUUUUGGGCAAGAAAAUAACUUCAUUUUAGAGCACAUCUAAAGCAGGGUUAGCAUUUCUGUAAAGUUAGUUAGCCUACGAGAAACAUUUAUUGGGCUGGUAGGAAAAGUUAGCGCCAGUUUAAGAAAGAGAGGAGCUGUCAGGUGUUUUCUCCUCCUUGUACAACAUGUAGCCUGCUGGGCGGAUGCUGUUUCCUGAAAGUAAAACAGUGAACUGUGCCUUUAAUGUUGAUCCCAUGUCAUUUAAAACAGGGGAGUGCCAAAAAACAUGAGAAUGUACGUUAACAUGAUGCUGUUGUUGUUUUUACACAUUUCUGUAUUGAUUUUAACAA